CACACCACUACUAUAUAAGGCCGAGAACACCUUAGACCAACCCAAUAGUUCAACAACAAUGGCGUCAUGGAAGAAAACCAUUGCCACCCCUUUCAAAAAGGCUUGCACUUUCUUCAACCAGCAACCCCCCAGAGACCCUAAGAAGUCUCAAACAGAGCAAGAGAACCGGAUUAUGGAUCUCCACGGUGAAGUCAUGGCAUGUGGCUAUGAAGAUGUUCAAGUCAUGUGGUCAAUUCUUGACAAGUCUAAAUCUUCUGCCUGCAAUAUAACUUCAUCAUGACACCUCUUUAAGGAUUCAACUCAGUCACGAUUGUUUUGGUCGAUGCUGUCAAUGUAAAGAGUGAUAUGUGUAGGUGUUUGACAGUUUUGGAUCACUGCCCCUUCUUCAGUCAUGGUGGCGAUUUCUCUUUCUGAUUCUUGCAAGUCAAGGACUUAUUAUUAACAGGGAAUCCACAUGAUUCGUUAGACCAAAUCAUGGAGAGAUUUUGUUUUAUUUUCUUUUUUUUUAUCAAAUGUACAUUGUUUUAUCUAUCCUCUGUUUUUCUCCUCUGUUUUUUCACUCUUCAAGAUGCUCUUAUUGCAGAAUGUUCUGGUAAAAAAAAACAUAGUACACCUGGUAAAGUUGAAGGGAAAAUUUGAUGGGAAAGUGGCAUUUCGA